GAACAAAAGAGUGACCCACAAGAACACGAAGGUAGUGAGCUAGCGAUGCACAAUCUUUUCAACCAGUUGCGUGUAAUGGCCAAAAAGAGGAUGCUUGAAGGUAUCAUACCACAAUCCAACUCAUUAUACAUACCCAAAAGUAAAGGAUUGUCAUCUGUUCUACUAAACAAUGCAUCGAAAUUACUAUGCCAAGAAAAAGUGGACUGGGAAGGCAUGGAAUUAAUGAAGCUGUGCUUGUCACGCAACAUCAAUUUAAUG